UGUAGAACUAAUGGCGACUCUUUUCCUUGGCAGUGUACGCAAAUGGAGAUCGCGAUUGUGACAGAAAUGAGACAACUUAGAUACUAUUGAUUGCAACUCAACCCAAGUCCAAUUAAAAAAUCUGUAACUCCUUGGGUCUACUGAAAUGGUACUGAUGUGGAAAAGGGUUCUGCAUUUCUCAGUAAGAAGUUCGUCAACUCAGCUCUCCCCUUCAGUUAUUAUCAACUGCAGGUAAAUUAUUAGGAGUGUAAUAUGGAACAGCAGCUGUUCUCAACAUCUCUGUUGAGUGGCAUCAGCAAUUCUACACCUUCUAUGGAUCCAGCUAUCUUGUACAGCCAUGGUCAGUUUUUGCUGAUGACUGCAUACCUCCAGCUGCUUUUCAUGAUGGUCCGAAACAGAGAGCCCAGAUUAAUUUAUCGGAUUCUGGAAAUACUCCUGAUUUACUUGGACUGGUCUCCAGCAUACUGGAUGAGCCUGAUAAACCAGAAUCAUUUUCUGACUGGGGUUCAUCCUCUAGAUUAUUUCAAUCAAUUUGGUCCACUGCAAAUGGAGACAGUGCUGGAUCAGCUUUGAAAAACAAAAUGGAAAAUGGUAGAAUUUCAAAUAGCAUGGGCAUUUCCGACUACUAUGAAGAAAACUCUGAGACAUUGGCAGAGAAAGGAAAAGCUGAUGAACUUUAUCAAGGAUUUCAAAGUUUUAAUCUUUUGGAACCAUGGAUUUCCAUGCUCAAUAAGGAUACCAACCAGAGCAAUUCUCAAGCCAGUGAUGUCACAUCUGUUGUGAGAAAUGAUACUGUGCCUCAAAAAGAAGGGUUUUCCUUACAGUCCAAGGAAUUUGAUUGCUGUAUACAAAAUUAUGAGGAAGCAGAGAGGGGAGUUUCCAAUUUUAAUAUACAUAGCUUCCGUAAUAAUUGCAGAAGUAAUAACACAAACACACGCAAAGAACACUACAAAACUGACCGAUUUAGAGAGAAUAAAGUUGGAACAUUUGGGAUCAAAGAUUGUAACCGGAAUUCAGAAAAUAGAUACAGCUUGCAUGGUGGUGAAAUGUGGGGCAAAGUGUUGCAGGAGAAACAAUUAAUUCAAAAAGGAUAUGAAGAUUUCAGUGCUAGUUCUCUGAAAAAAAAUUCUUCUAUUUCACAAAUGGAUUUCCAUAGCCUGCAGUUUUCCAAGGAGAAUGGCUUUGUUGCUGAUGUGAACAGAAAAGCUGCCUCUGACUUUCCAAAACGUGGAAACCGUGCUCGUAAUUUUCGAGACAGUUUUGAAAAUCAUUGUGAAAAGCUGCAUCAGAAUUGUUUAGAUGGUCUUCCUAGGUCAUCUGAAUAUAAUAAUUUGACAAAGGUUAUGUCACAUAGGAGUGAAUAUAGCCCUCAUUCUUCCCAAAGCAACCUAUUAUGGUCUGACAGCCUCACUGGUGAACCUAGUCCUGUGCUUAGGAAAGAUGGCAACAUGAUUCCAACAACCUCACAAACAUCAACAAUAUCUGCUGUAAGUAGCAGGUCUCCAACACAGCUGCCAAUUUCUGGUGUUCUUCAACCUAACUAUUAUCAUCCAGCAGCUCCAAUGGAAUCCUUAAGGCAAGAUGAGUGUCCCAGGUUUUCUAGUAGUAACAUUAGUGAUUGGAGUUCGUCCAAUGCUGUUGGUAAAAUACAAGAGCAGAGUAAGACUGGCACAAUACUUAAUAUUGAUUCUUCAGCUGCCAGAGAUGAUCAACAUCAAAAACAUUCUGUUGGAUUUGGUACCAAUUGGACAUCACAUCACAAUGUUAGUAAUGACGAGACAGCAAAAUAUUUUAGAUAUUCUAAUAAACAUGGACACAGUAACAACAGGGAUGAUAAGAGAGGACGGAAAAAUGUCUAUCCACAUACUUUGAAUUCUGGACCUUUUGGACAAAACCACCAACCAAUAUAAUGGUUA